AUGCAACAACCAGGCCGGCUGAGGCUGAGGCCGUGGCUAGAGGAGCAGAUUCAGUCCGGGAGGUAUCCAGGAGUUAGCUGGCUGGACCAGUCAGCACGGAUCUUUCAAAUCCCGUGGAAACAUGCCGCUCGUCAUGGAUGGAGUAUUGACCGAGAUGCUACACUCUUCAGGAGUUGGGCCAUGCACACUGGACGGUACCAUCCAGGCAAAGACAAGCCAGAUCCCAAGACAUGGAAGGCAAAUUUCCGCUGUGCAUUGAAUUCUCUGUCUGACAUCUGUGAGCUGCAGGAGCACAGCAGGAAGAGAGGCAGCAAUGCCUACAGAGUCUACAGGAUGAUGCCCAGCACACAAACACACAGACGCAGGAGAGGGCUGAGGUUGAUAAGCAGGCCUCGAGAAAGACAGGCGAGUUUAGGCGAUGAUACACGCACCACGCAUGCCUGGCAACCCACAACAACAAGGCCCAUUUCAGACACACCACAGAAGGUGGAGACCCAUGCAGAGGACAUAUUUGGCAAUGCCCAAACACACGGUAUGUGGGAGGCCAAACCAGAGGACCAGGAGCAGAAUGAGGCUGUAUUUAAGUUGAUGGACCACUUAAGCAACACUGACGUCUGGACUGGGGAGCAGAGAGGAUGGAGAACACACACACUGUGGGACCACUGGCACUGUGCUGGUGAUGAUAACCCGUAUUCUCUGCACACAGAGAACUACAGUGAUCUGUUUGGUCCAAACUACAUCAAGGAGCUCUCCGAUUGGUCCACACAUCAGCAAACACUGAUGCCGUAG